AGCGAAUAUAUCCACAAAAUGGCACCGGGUCCAUCAGAGGGUGCGAAGGCCGAGUAUGAGAGGCUUAAGGCACUGAGUGACAAUGGUACUUACGUUCCAAGGGUGAAAUUACGUGCGUUGAUGGAGCAGAUCAACGGUGGUGAAGGAUCAGUUGAGCUGCAGAGGAUGCGAUGGGACACGUUGAAGAAGGAGAUCAAUGGAUUGGUGAACAAAGUGAACGUUUCCAACAUUAGGAGUAUCGUUGUUGAGCUGUUCAAGCUGAAUCUCCACAGAGGGAUGGGCCUGCUGGUGCGCACGCUUAUGAAGGCACAGAACCAGGCACCUACGUUUACGCCGGUAUACGCUUCUCUUGUUGCGAUUCUGAACUCAAAGAUCCCAGAAAUUGGGAAGCUACUGGUGUCAAGGCUGGUGUUACAGUUCAGGAAGGCAUUCAAGAGAAAUGUCAGUGUCCUGUCGAUAUCUUCAACGACGUUUCUGGCCCAUCUGUGCAACCAACAGGUUUGCCAUGAAAUUAUAGUACUGGAGAUCAUGCGUUUGCUGCUUCUACAUCCUACGGAUGACUCUAUCGACAUCUGCUGUUCUAUGUUGAAACAGUGUGGCUUGUUUCUACAGGAGAUGAGCUCCAACGCAGUUAUGGGGAUAUAUGAGCAACUGAGGGUGAUAUUGCAAGAGGGUAAGAUCCAGAAACGUACGCAGUUUCUCAUUGAAAUUUCAUUUCAAAUAAGGAGAGAUGGAUACAAGGAUCACCCUGUGGUCCCAGAGGGGCUCGACCUGGUUGAUGAGGAAGACCUAGUGACUCACGAAAUAAGGCUCGAUGAUAAAUUGAAAGCACACGAUAACCUCAAUGUCUUUGCCAUGGAUGAGCAUUACGACGAGAACGAGGAGAAGUACAACCAACUACGCCAUGAGAUACUCGGAAGUGACGAUGAAGAGGAGGAAGAAGAAGUUGAGGGUGAAGAUGUAGACGAGCAUGAACAAUUGGAGAAUGAGUACGACGGCGAACAUGAAGUUGAGUCACAUGAUGAACAACCUUCCUCUACAAGCACACCCCAGACCGUGAUUAAAGAUAUGACAGAGACAAAUCUGACCAACUUCCGUAAAACUAUUUACCUCACGUUGAAGGGCUCCAUGUCUGCAGACGAGGCAGUUCACAAGAUUCUCAAACUUCGAGUGAAAACGGAGGAGGAAGUCCGAGUUGUUGAAGUCAUCGUACAGGGGUGCUCUCAAGAACGCACAUACACGAAGUACUAUGGAUCAGUUGGUGAAAAGCUCAGUGGUCAAUCUUCUUCAUGGGCUGAUGCGUUUAACCAGGUCUUCAAGGAGACCUAUGAGACGAUACACAGGCUGGAACCGAACCAGCUGAGAAACGUUUCCAAGUUCUGGGGCCAUAUGUUGUCAUCAGAUGCACUGGGAUGGGAGUCGUUAGAAUGCAUCAAACUCACAGAGUCUGAUACUUCAAGCGCAGGGAGAAUAUUCUUGAAGUUCCUCUUCCAGGAACUUGUUGAGGAAUUGGGGAUUCCACAUCUCAAAGAGAGACUCACUGAGGAUUUCAUUGCACCGUACAUUGAAGGCAUAUUCCCACACGAAGAUUCUCAACAUCUGCAGUUCUCGAUCAAUUACUUCACAGCAAUUGGUUUAGGUAUUCUGACGGAUGAUAUGAGGGAUGCGUUGGAUGCUAUAAAAAGGAAGAGAAUUGAAGAACGUGGGAGAAGCCUGUCGAGAUCUGGAACACCAUCCAGAUCACCAUCCUAUAGUCGAACCCCUUCUCCGUACUCCAGAACACCAUCCAGGUCGCCUGUACGUGGACGCAGUGAUAGGCGCCGUGAAGGAGGAUUCAAUGACCGUUCAAAGUCUCCCUCACGCUCACCAGCCUCAGCGAGAGCAGGCUAUGUUGGUAGGUCAAGAUCUCCAAACAGCCAUAGAGGGCAAAGUCCAGCCAUCAGUGGUGGUGAUUACAGGGAUAGUGUGAGAUACAGAAGCGGCGCACUGAACGAUCAGGAGGAGGAAUUCAAGAAGAGUAACUUUUACUCACGUCAGACUACAAGGCAACAGCACGCAAGACAUCGUGAUUACCAUUAAUCCACGAGACAACUUACAAACUCAUUACA